AUGUCAUCUACUCCAACCGUUGACCAAAAGACCGUGGGUGAUGCCGCCGAGACGGCGAGGACAUCGAAAGACAUUAUCAUGCCAGUGGCUGAAAUGGCAGCCCUACAACUGAACGAAGAUACAGCCAAGUACGAAUGCUGUAUUUGCGGAGACGAUAUUCUGCUUUCCAAAGGCGUCGUUACCUGCGCCGAGCACGUAAUGUGCAACGAAUGCAUCGUUGACGCCCACGCCAUCGCCCUUAAAGACAACUCGGCUUUCCCAACCAAGUGCUGCGCCCCCAUUCCCUUUGAACAAGUAGAACACCUACUAAGUCCGGAAAUGCGAGAAGCAUACUCGAUGAAGAUCAAGGAACACAAUACCCCGAUCCAUUCUCGAAUCUAUUGUUCCAAAGAAGCCUGCAGUUCCUUCAUCCCACCAACACAAUUCGACUCCACAUCCUUCAUCCAAACUGUCGCCCCCUGCACAUGCGGCUGCGUUACCUGCACGGAAUGCAGUAAAGAGUGGGAUAGCGAAGGCCAUAAAUGCCAUGAGUGCGUCGUGGAAUCUGACAAUACGCUCAGACCGAAGUGGCUACCCGAAUACUCACCGACCUGCCGCAUAAAACAGUGCCCGGACUGCACUGCAUGGAUCGAACUCGAGGAGUCAUGCAACCACAUGUAUUGCUGCCACUGCAGAACUCAGUUCUGCUUCAUAUGCAUGAUGCUAUGGGACGGCUUCCAUGAAGAAGUAGGAUGUCCUGCAUAUGGAGAUCCACCCGCAGGCUACGACGAAGAAGGCUUCGAGUUAUCAUGGCGCGGCCUCCAUUUUGAAACGGGUCUGGAUCGCAAUGGGCACAAUCUGUAUGAUAUAACAUACUCGGACGACAAACCGAUUCACGCCCACGAACCAACUCACAUCUACGAACCGCUUCGCUUCCACGUGCUUGACAACGAUCUUGGUGUUGAGCAUAUAGAGAACGCCGAAGCCGACAAUUAUGACGAAUUCUGGGCUAACGCUGAAGGACUCCAAGGAUUUUUUGGGGAGGAUUGA